AUGGCAACUUUAAUGCGUGCAGUUAGGUUCCACAAAAUAGGUGAUGUCAAUAAUCUGGCAGUAGAUUUGAUUCCUUUACCAAAACGACAACCAAAUGAAUUAUUGAUUAAGAUUGACGCAUCGGCGGUGAAUCCGAGUGACUACAAGAAUGUCGAAGGUCUCUUUCCAUUUACCACUACUCCUCGUGUACCAGGACGCGAUUACUGUGGCACAGUUGUAGAGGGUCCGCCAGAGUGGAUGGGAAAAGUAGUAGUUGGAACUGGUGGCAAGAACGGAUUUAUUGAAGACGGGUCACAUGCAGAAUACAUUACCGCGCAGUCAGAUGCGGUUAGUCUGAAACCUACGAACUUGUCUGUAGCCGAGGCUGCGUCUAUUGGCAUUGGAUUUUUGACAGCUUACGUUGCUUUAGUGAACUCAGCCAACGUGCAAGAAGGAGAAAAUAUUCUUGUUCUCGGCUCAAGGGGUGCAGUAGGUCAAGCGGCCAUACAGAUAACUCGUUUCAUGAAGGCUCGUCCAAUUGGUCUGGUAUCUAAGAACCCACCCAAAGAUCAGGCGGAUGUUGUUGAUACAUCCGUAGAUGAUGUCAAGCAGAAGGUGCUUGCAUUGACCAAUGGAGUUGGUGCCGAUGUCAUUAUUGAUACUGUUGGGAAUCAGGAAUUAUUUGAAAAGGCAAUCGGUGCUCUGCGCGUCCGUGGGCGAUAUGUUACGAUGUCUGUUCAAGGGAAUUUGACUAGAACAAUUAAUGCAUUAGACUUUUAUCGUCGUGAACUGCGUCUUAUAGGGUUAAAUACUCUCAACUACAGUAAACAAGAAGCUGCUGCUAUUCUAGAUGUUUUGCGACCAGGAUUUGAAAGUGGUAUAUUGAUGGCUCCGAGUAUCGGCAUGGAAUAUCCGCUUGAAUCAUGUGUUGAUGCGUACAAUGCUGUCAAACGAGGAUCAUCCAAAAUUGUUCUUGUACCAUAA